AUGGCGAACGUCAAAAGAAAACCAAAUCGUGGUAAAUCAUGGAGAAAUUUAUACUUAGCGUUAAAACGUAAAAAAGAGGCGAAAGAGAAACCAAAAGAACCAAUUUUCAAAACUGAAGAUGAUUUAUUUAAAAGAAUAGGAUCUGGUUCUGAUUAUUCAACGGAGUAUUUUUACCCAUGGAGUACGGUCCACUCCAAUUAUAUGCUAGAUAAAGAAGACGAGCCACUACAAAUGAGAUCAUUAAAAGAUAUAUGUGCUAUAGAAAUCGCCCAAAAUCAUGAUAUGAUUAAUCAAGAGUUAUUAAGAUCUGGAAAUUGGUCAAUAUGGAACCUUGUUUGGAAAUAUAUUAUAAGAUGGAGAAGAGACAAUUUCAAAACAUUUCAAAUAUUUGCUGACGUAUUCUCUGGUCAAAAAGGAUUUGAAUGUCAUGACGAGUUAAGAAGUUAUCCAGAUUCAAGGUAUAAAACUUUAGUAUCAAGUACAUUACCAAAUAAUAAAUCUCAUAGAAUAGAAAGACUUUAUGGAAAUCUAAAGUUUAAUGGAUUCAUAAGGACAAUCAAUCACUCAAGAUUUGACAACCUAGUAGUGCUGGAAAUUUCUAAAGGUUUGAAUGAUGAUGAUCUUCUACAAUUAACAAAUUUAUCAAAUUUAACAGCAUUGAAAAUCGUCCAACAAGAUCAUCAAUUACCUGAUACAAUAAUAAACAGUUGGUGUUCUGCUCUCAAGUCAUCAAAAUGGACUAAGCUCCAGGUGCUGAGUAUACCUGAGAUUUCACAAGCUUCAAUGAUCAAAUUACAAAAACACGCUUAUGAUACUCGUUUAUUAUAUAUCGAAGUUGCAACUAUAUCAUCAAGAUUCCAACCACAAAGGGAUUGGCCUGAUGUUGAUACGGUACAUUGGGAAGUUUUGAAAGAUAGAGCUAUAACUGAACGCUCGUUAGGUAUGAAAUUUCAAGUCUUGGUUCAAAAAUACAAGAUUGAUCAAAGAUCUAUAUUACCUGAUCAGAAAACUAUAUUAUUAGAUUUCAAUAUAGUGGAUAGUGAAUUUGAGAGUCUUGAUGGGAUAUCAACACAGAGGGACUUUGAUGAAUUAUGGAAUCUGGGUGAAGUUCAAGGAAAUUAUACGGGGUUUAUAUUGAAAGGAAUACCCAUAAAACCAAAAAUUGAGAAAAGACAAAUUGAACCGAAGGCCAAGUCUGUUAAGAAAUUCAAGGGUAAUCCGAAGAAAACUUCUCUUAAAUCGUUUUUUGAUCUAUGA